AUAAAUAGAUAACCGCGAGCCAGGUGUCUAACACGCUCUAGCAUUCCAGAACGAUGUAUGACGUCAUCCAUUCAUAAACAAGUCACGUGAUCACAACAUAUCGCCCGUCAUAACACACAGCAAAGCGGGGUUUAUCUGCCGGUUCCUAUAUCCGUCCAUGGCUCCGAUAGAGUGGUUCCUCCCUGUCCAGGUGCUUGUCACCCUGGGGCUGUGGGUCGGAGCCCUGUGGGCGUUGCCGGAAUGUGCCCGGGGUACUUACAAGGACCCAAUCGCGGGCAGUUGUCGGGAGUGCAGCUCGCUCUGUGAUCGCGCCGAGGAACAGAAGACAGAACCUCUUUGCGCCUCCUACUGUCACGAUUACAACCGGACCAGAUGUCAUCCCGGCUCCUACUUUAGCGUCAGUCUCAAUGCCUGUGCUAGUUGCACAGUGCUGUGCUCACAGGAAACAAAGGCGUCAGAAUGCCGCGAACACUGUGGGGCAGACUUCAGUGCAAGUAUCGCCAAGGCUCCUAAAAGGUUGAGCACAGGGAUGGUUGUGCUGAUUGUGUUCAUUGUCAUCGUUGUCUUCAUCCUCGGCAUCUUUGGGGCUGUGCACCUCCUCAGGCCGGGCAGCCGACUGUCGUGGAGAAGUAGCAACCCAUAUCGACGACCUCAGUCGGCACCGGAUGAUUUCGAUGACCCUCACAGUAUUUUUUCUUCAAAUGGUAUGCAAUAUUCGUGUGACAGUGCUUUCCCUUCGAAUGAUGACCUGGCACCGUUGGAAGAAGAAGAUCACAAGAACCCUAUGGGAUUCUCAGAUUUGAAUCUUACCAUACAGAACAACCCAGUGACGUAGGCACUAUAGCUAUGGUGUGAAUACAUACAAACUUGGGCACGGGCCAUGGGCCGUAACAUAGCCGUGAAGAUCGAUAACAUCGUGAUACCUUGCACUGAAGAAAUGUUCACAUGUGAGCAGGGGUUGCCUGAACGUUAUACCAUUACUCUAUUAGCGGCACCAUUUCGUGAGUCACCUAGUUUCAACUAGAUAUAUACACCACUGAAAAGAGACUGUUGAUAUGUGAAGCAGUACUAUGUUUUAUAGUGGCACUACAUCGUGAGAACCUUAUAUGUCCCGGAUGGUCUUAGAUGACAUCUCACUUGUCUGCUUCUCAGACCAUCAUGUCGCCUUUCACGGAUUCGGAUAAUUCUACAGCACUAGAUACUGUUGCAAUGUGAAUUUCAAUUAAUGUACAGUGAUGACAGGUUUUCCGGACGAUAACUGAAACGUUUAGGCGUGGACAAAGACCAUUAUUCCUUAACAUAUUCGUUAAUGUGGAACUUCGUUAAACCGGACGAUCUAACAGAACGGUGUUGUCCGGAUUAACGAGAUCUCACUGUGUAUAACUCCAUACAGCUGGCACAGCUUCUGCAUCUAUUGAAUCUGCAUCAUUACACUACGUUAUGCAGCAUUGCAUGAGUAGGCAUUAUUUACUCAUUUUCAUAUAUGCACCGAAACACUUUGAAAACGCAUAUUGGUAAUAUUUGACAAAUUGGUCACAAAAUUCAAAUUACGUUCUGUGUAUUAAGCAUGAGAAAAUCAAACACAACAAUGUGAUUUUGCCACCAUAAUUAUUAUUCUUUGUCAUGCGAGUAAAUAUUUACUGCUAAAAUCCUUGUCUUUCCCUUCGCUUUGAUUAUGCGUUUUCAUUGUGUGAGUAUAUAUGCUUCAUAAUUUAAAUUAUAAUAAUCAUAAUUAGAAUCACUUUAUUUUGUUGCUUUGCAACAUCAUAUGACAUCCAAGUUGAUGAAUAGAUACUUUUUUAUCCCACCCUCAGCUGAGACUAUGGAAUUUAAUGUACCGUAUUGGACGUAAUAAGCGCCCACGGCGAUAUUUGCUAAUAUAUUGGCUAGUGAACAACCCCAAUUAGCACCCCUUCCG